AUCCGUUCGCAGCCAGGCUUAGGCAGUCCAUGGCCGAGUUUUCAUUUCUGUUAGGACCUAUUUAAUGUGUCUCUAAUCUCACCCUGAUAUGGAAAUGGACACAUUUUUUUCCAUACGCCGCAACAUAAUAUUCAUUCCUCGAGUCUGCAGCGCGUGUAGUGGACAACCGCGGUACUGCAGGAAUCCUCAGCUCCCCGAAAGUGAAAGGAUUCUGAAUCAGGAAGUGCUGGGAGUUAACAUGGCUUCGAAAAGAAAGGCCGAGAGUUGGGCCGAGGAGGCAAUUUGUUCCAUCUGCCUGGAUUUCUUCACCGAUCCAGUUAUACUGGAGUGCGGACACAACUUCUGUCGCUCUUGUAUCACACGGUUUUGGGAAAGGGAGCAGAGAAACUCCUGCCCGGAAUGUAGAGAGGUGAUUGCUGAUCGCACCCUCAGGGCGAAUCGGGCGUUAGCAAAUCUGGCUGAAAAAGCUCGAAAUCUGAUUCCGAAAGGGAAGGAAAGUAAACAUCACUGCGUGGAACAUGAGGAAGAACUGAAGCUGUUUUGUGAAACGGACAAGACACUGAUCUGUGUGAUCUGUGCAGUCGCGCAGGAACACAGAGAGCACCGCUUCAUGCCGAUUAAAGAAGCUGUUAAAAUCUACAAGGAUCGGCUAAAAUCUUCCUUAGUCUCUCUCACAAAAAAGAAAUCAGACUUCCAAGAAAAGGAGCAGCAACAGAAGGAGAGGAUUUCCAGAGUUCGGGAACAGUCACACAGCAUUCAGUCCCACAUCACAUCACAGUUUGCUGAACUGCGCCAGAUUAUCACUGAGAAAGAGCAGAGCUUACUCAGGGAUCUCAGGGAUGAAGAGAAGAGGAUUCUCGACACAAUGGAGAAAAACAUUCUUAACAUUCAAGAGAAUAUAAGGUUUAUUCAGGAGGAAAUCACUAAGCUAAAGGAACAGAUGGAUCAAAAAGACAGUUUGAUAUUUCUCAAGGAGGAAGCUCGUCAGAACAGGAGGAUUAAUGAUGAUGUCCAGGAAUUGUCAGUGGCAGAUGAGACCCUACCAGUUGAAAAGUUCGAUCACCUCUAUUUGUUGAACACAGUGCUGAGGGAAACACUUGAUGCCGUUAAUCGAGUCUCUGUCACCCUGGAUGAGGAAACGGCGAGUCCGUGUCUCGAGGUGUCUGAGAAUCGGAAGAGUGUGAGAUGGACCGAGAUCUGGAGGAAUCUCCCUGACACCGGGAAGAGAUUCACAAACCGGCCUUGUGUGCUGGGAUCGGAGGGAUUCACAUCGGGGAGACAUUACUGGGAGGUGGAGGUGACGGGGAAUUGGGUCUGGUUUCUGGGAGUCGCCGCAGAGUCUGUGAAGAGGAAGGGAUGGUUCAGUCUGAGUCCGGAGACCGGAUUCUGGGUCAUCAGGCGGGAUGGUGACGUGUUAUAUCAGGAUUAUGACGUGUACCGCGGUCAUACCUCCCCCGAGUCCCGUCUCCCUGCCGGUCCCAUCCCCAGGAGGGUGGGAGUUUAUCUCAGUUACGAGUCCGGGACAGUUUCAUUUUACAACGCGGAGACCAAGUCCCAUCUUCACACCUUCACUGAGAAUAAAUUCACAGAGCAACUUUAUCCUUUCUUCGCGACCUGGGAUGAAAACCAGUGGCUGAGAAUCUGCUCCGGUUCCGCUCCAGGUCUGUAAACGGUUCAGGUCCCGGGGCCGUCAUCAGGAGUAAAGUCCCUGUAAAUAUAAAUGUGCGGAGAGUGCAGCUAAAUACGUGGCUAAGGAGAUGGUGCAGGAGGGAGGGUUCAUUUUUCUGGACAAUUGGGCUUUGUUCCUGGGAAGGUAGGACCUGUUCCGACGGGAUGGUUUGCCCCUAAACUGGAGGGAGACUAACAUCCUUCCGGGUAGAUUUGCUAGUGCUGGUCAUGGUUUAAACUAGAUUUGCAGAGGGAGGGGAACCAGAGUAUUAGAGCAGAUAGUGAGGUGGAGGAGGAUAAAGGUCAUGCGAGGACUGCAUGUAUAGACGGAAAUCAAAGGUUUGUACAUUGGGUUGUAAAUUAUUUUUCAGAGCUUUAGAAAUUGUAGAAAAUAAAGAUUUCCAAUAAAAUUUUAAUGAAGAACAUGACCAGAACAUAUGUGAAAAAGUAGCUACUUCGGUUUUAUUCCUAUCGCAAUAAUUGUCUAUGUUAGGAAAUAUUUUUAAUAGUCUCUCCUUUGUUAAAUAGUAACAGUGAACAAUUUUAAAUUGAAUUAAAUAGUGAUUGGCACAUAUCGAAGAAGAAUUGACCAUCUUCAUUAACAAAGGUCUUAUUAAGUUCUCUCUCCCAAUCUUGUUUAAUUUUUAGCGAUUAAGGGGAUCUGUUUUUCUUUUUGCAGAUUUAUUUACUAUUAUUUUCAUUAAUUUUGUGAUGGUCGAUUGAUGAAUUUAAAGAGUUAAUUA